UGGCUGAUUCUAACGUUAGUCAAUUUCACCCGUUCAUUUAGAUGUUUACAUUAUAAUUGCAUUUGUUACGUUCUGAGCAGUCGACGUGGUAGAGUUUGAUAUUACUCUUCAAAGAUAAAAAUGAAUGAGGUAUGUGUGUUGCUGGUGGUACUUUGUCUCUUAUACGUAUGUGACUGCAAGUGUAAGACUGGAUAUAUACAGUGUAACUACAGUAAAGAAUGUGUCUAUGCUGAUCUUGUUUGUUAUGGAUGGAAACACUGUCCCGAUAACACAUUGCCAGAGGCCUGCAGAGAUAUUGCGUGUCAGAAAGGGUAUAUAAAAUGCAGUGACCAGCUACAAUGUAUAAACGCAGACCAAGUAUGCCAUUUGAAGGAACAUUGUAUCGAUAACAGUAUACCAAAGGCUUGUAAAGGAUUUAAAUGCCCUGAAUAUGAAGUUAAAUGCUUGGACGGCAAUAAAUGUAUCCAUGAAGAGGAACUAUGUGACGGCAAGUCUUCUUGCCUUGAUUCAUCAGAUGAAUUCAAAGACUUUUGCAGAGGUCAUACGUGUAGUUGGGGCUAUACUAGAUGUGACGAUGGGUUGCAAUGUAUUCCUGAGAAACAAAUAUGUGACGGUACAGUCAACUGUCGAGAUGGGUCUGAUGAAAUCACGGAUAUGUGUUCAGGGUAUCGAUGCUUUCGUGGUUUGGUGAAAUGUGACGACGGGCUUCAAUGUAUUAAACUUGAGUCCCUUUGUAAGGGUGAUGCAAAAUGCAAUGAUGGUACAGACGGUUUUAAUGGAGCAUGUAAAGAUUAUCAGUGUCCACAUCUCUAUAACAAAUGUCCCAGCGGAGGCCAGUGUAUUUAUCAGCAACACACGCUAUGCGAUGGUAAACAAGAUUGUUCCAAUGGGAGUGAUGAAUCAAAAGACUUUUGUACAUACUACCAAUGUGAACAGCCGUUUAUCAAAUGUCCAAGUGGUUUACACUGUAUUUACCCUAGAAGUAAUAUGUACUGUAAUGGAGUAGAUGAUUGCAUUGAUGGAUCUGACGAGGCUGACCAGUUUUGUCGCUAAGGGAAGCCCACUACAGGGAACAUGAUUACAGACAUGGACGGAUACGCAUUACGAUUUAAUAUAAUACAGUUCAAAUUUAUAAUAAAAUUAACUUAUAA